GACGCGAAUCGCGAUGCUGCCGGAUCGUUUUUCACAUGAUAUAACUCUACACCAUAUAGUAACGCGGGGUAGGCGUCGCGCUUUUCACCUGAAAGCUCUAUAACACUAGCCUACUAAAUCAAUAUUCUUUCAUCAACAUGUCUUUCUCCUUCAAAGGUCACACUGUCGUAGUCACUGGUGCAGGCGGAGGUCUUGGGAAGACAUACUCACUGUUGUUCGCGUCCCGGGGCGCAAACGUGGUCGUAAAUGACUUUAACGGUGCAGCGGCUCAGAAGGUCGUUGAUCAAAUUGUCCAAGCGGGCGGAAAGGCUGUUGUCAACACGUCGUCAGUAACUGACGGAAACGCAGUGAUCAAAAGUGCUCUCGAUGCAUUCAGUGGCGUCACGAUUCUAAUAAAUAAUGCUGGUAUUCUUCGGGACAAAGGGUUCAAGAACAUGACAGACCAAGAGUGGGACCAAAUCACAGAAGUACAUCUGAAAGGUGCAUUUGCUUGUACAAAGGCUGCAUGGCCGAUAUUCAGGAAACAAAAAUUUGGUCGUAUCAUCAACACUGCUAGUGCAGCGGGGUUGUAUGGCAACUUCGGUCAGGCAAAUUACAGUGCCGCCAAGAUGGGGUUGAUCGGUUUCACGAAAACUCUGGCUUUUGAAGGCUCAAAGUACAAUAUUAAGUCGGUGGCCAUUGCUCCAAUGGCAGCCUCAGCCAUGACUGAAACCGUUAUGCCUCCAGAAAUGCUUGCUAAUCUAAAGCCGGAAUUUGUCGCCCCAUUCGUUGCUGCAGUCUGUCAUCCCGAUGGGCCGGAUGCAUCAGGAAGAAUAUUUGAAGUUGGUGCCGGUUUUAUCGCGGAAGUGCGAUGGGAACAGAGCAAAGGUGCCGUGUUCAAAACUGAUGCAACCUUUACUCCUUCAGCAGUCAAAGCGAAAUGGUCCGAAAUCACUGACUUCAGCCAACCAAAAUACCUCAAGUCAAUCGCCGAUAUUGACAUGAAGAAAACCCGCGAAGCUGCUCUCAAAGCACCAUCUAACCCUCAAUCAUCACCCGAAGUCCGUUUUGAUGGCAAAACGGUAAUUGUGACUGGGGCAGGCGCAGGUCUCGGCCGUGUUUAUGCCCUCAUGUACUCCAAGCUCGGAGCUAACGUCGUUGUCAAUGAUGUCAGCGAGAAGGGCGCAAAGUCGGUGGUGGAUGAGAUUGUGAAAGCUGGCGGGAAAGCUACCACUGCUGUUUGUUCAGCCGAAGAUGGGGAGACUAUCGUCAAAGCUGCCUUGGAUAACUUUGGUGGUGUUCACGUCUUAGUUGCUAACGCCGGAAUCUUACGGGACAAAUCGUUCACGGCCAUGUCUGAACAAGAAUGGGAUAUAGUUCUGGCUGUUCACUUGCGAGGAACAUAUAAGUGUGCCAAAGCGGUAUGGCCAGUGUUCCAGAAGCAGAAGUACGGUCGCAUCCUCACUACUUGCUCUCCUACUGGUGUCUAUGGUAACUUUGGUCAAGCAAAUUAUGCGGCUGCUAAAGCGGGCAUCACUGGGCUAACAAGAACCCUUGCUAUCGAAGGCCAGAAAUAUAACAUUCUUGCCAAUGUGAUUGCCCCGACAGCUGGGACCGCAAUGACAGAGACCGUGUGGCCAGAAGAAAUGUUAAAAGCGUUCACCCCUGCCCAUAUCGCCCCUCUAGUUGGGUAUCUGACGAGUGCAGAUAAUGAUGACGUUUCAGGGUGUCUGUUCGAACUUUCCGGAGGCUGGGUCGCUCAAACUCGUUGGCAGCGCAGUGGUGGCUAUGGGUUCCCAACAGUGAAGCCAUAUACACCUGAGGAUGUCGUCGAGAAAUGGAAAGAAAUUACGACCUUUGAUGAACGUGCUACGCAUCCCAGUUCUACUUCAGAAGCCUUGCAACAGAUUGUGGAGAAUUUCGAAAACAAGGGUGAUCAGGUGAAAGCCAAACUUUAGAUACAUAGCUUCUCGGGCGUAGUGUAUCAUACUGUAAGAAGUGUUUUGACUCAGGAUGGACGGCCCAGGGCAUGAGGAA